AAAUCCUUUAACGCAGCUGGCAAGAGUUGUCUCUCUCAAUCCAGCCCGUUAAAGAGUAAAGACGAAAGAAAAUCUCUCUCUCUCUCUCUCUCUCUCUCGGUAGUCUGAGUACGUUUUCUUCCCGGACGACCCACUUUCGCUCCUUUCCCGGUUUCAAUGCGCCUCACUUUACAGUCGCGGAGUUUCGCCAUCUCUGUUCAAGACUAGCCGGUGGAGGAGACCUUUCCGACGUGCUAGGAAGAGGAGGCCAUGAGUGCGUCGAGGUUCAUAAAGUGCGUCACCGUCGGCGACGGAGCCGUCGGCAAAACUUGCAUGCUCAUCUCCUACACGAGCAACACCUUCCCCACGGACUAUGUACCAACUGUGUUUGACAAUUUCAGUGCAAAUGUCGUUGUGGAUGGAAGCACUGUUAACCUGGGUUUGUGGGAUACAGCCGGACAGGAAGACUAUAAUAGACUAAGGCCUCUUAGCUACCGUGGGGCUGAUGUUUUCCUGCUCGCUUUCUCUCUCAUUAGCAAGGCCAGCUAUGAAAAUGUUGCCAAAAAGUGGAUUCCUGAGUUGCGGCACUAUGCACCUGGCGUUCCAAUUAUUCUUGUUGGUACAAAACUCGAUCUUCGAGAUGACAAGCAGUUUUUCAUAGACCAUCCUGGUGCAGUUCCCAUUACCACAUCACAGGGAGAGGAGCUAAAGAAGCUUAUUGGCGCUGCUGCUUAUAUUGAGUGUAGUUCAAAGACUCAGCAGAAUGUGAAGGCUGUCUUUGAUGCUGCCAUUAAGGUGGUUCUCCAACCGCCGAAGCAGAGGAAGAAGAAGAAGAGAAAGUCUCACAAGGCAUGCUCUAUACUAUGAUCUCAAAGAAGAUCGAAAAAAAUCAAAGCUUCGGUCCUGAAGAAAUUAGAAGUCUUUCGACCAAAAUUUGAAGAAGCAAGCUGGCUACAGUUAGGAAUCUCCACCGACAACCAGAUACAGAUACAUGUCCGCCAUAGGCGCUGAACUUGUCUGUUUAAUGGUUGUUAGUUUAUGACGCGGACUGUAUAUUAGUUCGGUUACAUGUUCUGCAACCCGCACACAUUUAAGUUUGUGUUCCACAUCGCGUAAAAUUACUGUUCCCCAGAUUGUUAAGCCACGGCCAUAUAUGUGUUUACGUAAUUCGAUCUCCUACUGCACUAGACAACUAUCUUGAAAUUCAACUCGUUAUGUAAUCUACUCUACCCAGAUUGCUAAGACCUGAUGAUCAACUUGUUC